GGCAUAGGCUUACAAAAAGCAAUAUGUUCAACAUGCAAAGUUUAAUUUGCUUUGCUUUCGUGUUUGUGCUAAUUACCGGUAGUCUUUCGAAGACACGUCGAAUUGUAUUAGAUGAGCCUCCGACUGAAAACUGGGUUAUGUACAGAGCAACAUCUCAAGACAUUCCAAAAUAUAAGUACAAAUGGCCAUUGGAAAACGAUCAAGGCCAGGUUGUUAUUCCUCUAGACAGUUCGAAACGGUUAACCUUUGGUUUAUAUUCGACUUUGCUGGAUCUGAAGAGCAACACCAUCGUGAGCACAAUCUAUCCCUAUGGCAUGAAAGCUGAAUGGGAGAAUCGUUGGGUUCAAACAAACACGACCGUUUUGCAUGUAAAAUGUCGAAAAUACAAUGGAUUGAAACCUUCGAUUCCAAAUAAUGUUACGUUGGGACAGUAUAAGGAUAUUCGUUACUCUAGAAUUGAAUGUUUUUUGAAGAAUGUUUCUAGACCAUUCUUAAAGGGUCUCAUGCACGUAAGAUGGUUGGAUUUAGCGAACAACGAUAUUACUGAAAUUGAACAGCAUGCGUUUGAUGAUUUGGUUGCAUUGGAAGAGUUAGUCUUAACCAGAAAUCCAAUAAGAAUCCUUCCUCAUGGAUUAUUUUGCACUAUGCCAAAACUGAAGGCAUUGAAAUUGGAUAACCUAAACCUGACAGGAUUCCCAAUUGCUGCGUUUCAUCCUAACAUUGACACUGCAAAUAACCAAUCCGAAACGACAUGCCUAGGCAAUCUUCAAGAUCUGGAUUUCUCGAAUAACAAAUUGUUCUAUAUCUUAAAUGGUUCAUUUUCUGGAAUGACGAUGUUGACCAACCUAAAAUUUUUUAAUUGCUCCAUACACAUAUUGGAAGCAAAUGCCUUCGAAGGGUUGGCAAAUAUAGAAGUUUUAAACUUAAACUUAAGUGAAUUCGAUAAAAGAAUUACCGAUGGACAUAUUUUCAAGCAUGCCGAAAUUAAACUCACUUGGACUGAGUGUGAACAACAUUACGCAUUUUUCUUUCGAUUUGCUUUCAAAAUGCGAAGCGUUGACAUUUGUAUACCUCGAGAUGAAUCAAAUUGAACGCAUAGGCGGAAGUAUUAUUAACAACACUCGACUUGAAUUCAUAGAAUUGCAAGACAAUGCCAUCGGAUCUUUACCAUCCAAUGUGUUUCAUUCUAAUGGAACGAAAUCUCUCGACCUGACCAAUUGUAAUAUAUCAACCAUUCAUCCAGAUGAUUUGUUUAUGCCAAACCUAAUGGUAUUAAGAUUAAAUAGGAAUAACUUGACAUUUCUGGGAAACUACACGUUUCAUCAUCUAGGUAAUCUUAGAUUUUUAAACCUAACGAGCAAUAGCAUUGCAGAACUUGGUGCCCUAGCAUUUGCAGGUCUCAAAAAACUUAAAUAUCUUUUGCUGGACUACAAUAACCUCAGCCAGGUUCCACCUGGAUUUGUUAAAGAACUGCAAUCUUUGAAAUUCUUGUCACUGAGACACAAUAAUAUUCUUAGCCUAGAUGGAACCAUGUUUGAAGGCGUUGACUUGUUGGAAGAAAUUUACCUAAACAAUAACAUGAUUCAAAGAAUUGAAAGAGACACAUUCAAGCACUGCAGCUUGCUUAAAAAUAUUACACUUCAGUGGAAUCACAUAGAUACCAUACCAUAUGGUACAUUUGGACAUAUGCGAGGCUCAUUAGAACUAAUAGAUCUGAAAAGGAACAACUUAAGUUCACUCCCAGCAGAUUUGUUCACAGGAUUCCUACAUUUACGUGACAUCGAUCUUUCGCAUAACAAAAUCGUCAAUCUAUCUAGGAAUCUAGUUGAUGGUUGUUCAAGUUUACAAUUAUUAAUUUUAAGUUACAAUCAGCUAAACGUAUUCAACGUUUCUUUGGAGUCGAUCACUUAUUUAAGCAAUUUAUUAAUUGCAAAUAAUCAACUGAGGGACGCAUGGAAUAUCUUCGAACAUAUACAUCUUAUGCCAUCACUGGUAAAUUUAGACCUAUCAUCAAACCAUAUGACUUCACUUGGACCGAUUCCACAUGUAUUGGCAAAUGAUCCAUCUGUGCUAGCUAGAGUGAAUAUAAGUCACAAUCGCAUCACAAAUAUUCCAGAAAAUCAAUUCUAUCUCUCGACAUCGUUGCAAAGUAUUGACCUGUCUUCCAACAAAAUACAAACGAUAAACCAACCGAAGUUUAGGAAGAAACCUGAAUAUCUAGUCGAAUACAUUGUUGGUCAAGAAAAUCCGUUUGUGUGUGAUUGCCAUAUGAGAUGGGCAAGAAACAUGAUAAAUGAAUCUGUGUGCACAGUUCCGGUUCUGAAUGAAUUGACGGAAAAAAGGAUGGCAGAUGUACCACUUUUUCAAUAUCUUUGUAAAAGAAAAAUGGAGUGUCCAGAAAAAUGUGAGUGCUUCGCUGAAGUAGAAAGAGGGCCGUAUUAUUGGAUACAUAUCAAAUGUUCUAACAAAGGACUUGAGUACAUACCUUUUGGAAUACCAAAUACCACUAAUGUACUGGAUGUAUCUAAUAAUAUCAUCGGCCAAUUGGAUUCAACAACAUUUCACAAUGAUACCUUUCCUCAAUUGAAAGUUUUGGAUUUGUCUCUGUGUAAAAUCAGCAACCUCUUCGGAAACGACAUUUUCAAUGGAUUCGUGCAGUUAGAAAUAUUGAACUUAAGAAAUAAUUACAUAGUACAGCUAAAUGGGGAACCAUUCAAAAAUCUAUUUUGGUUGAAUGAACUUCACCUUGCAUAUAAUCGGAUUAAGACAAUUCAAGACAACGUAUUUUCUGAUCUCAAAAUGCUGUCUUUCCUUGAUCUUGAAGGCAACCAGCUACAGACUGUAAAUGUUAGUAUCUUUGAAACGCUACAACUGAUGUUGAUAAAUAGCAAUGUGGGGUACAUUAGUUUACUUGAUGGUUCCCGUGUCAAUGUUCGAGAGCCACAGAAAUCAAAAUGGUCUAUUUUACUAUCUUAUAAUCCAUGGGACUGCUGUAGAGCUCUACCAUUGAAGAAAUGGUUAAACGCUCACCAAUUGAUCAUUCCGAAUUUGGAUGAUAUUUACUGUUUAAGAGACAAUAUGACCUUGACUGAGUUUUCGUUGGAUGGUCCUUUGAAGUCGAAAGUUCCUUUAUUCAAAAUCAGUGAUUCGAACCUAACGUGUAUUCCGGAGUCACCCGUGCCAUUCCAACAGACUUCGUACUUCCAUGCAAUUAUAGGAGUACUUGUUUUUGUAUUAUUCUUUCUCACGACAAUAUUAAUUGUUAAACGGUUUAAAUCACAUAUAAAACUGAAGCUUUUUAUCUGGUUUGGUUGGAGAUUUGACAGGAUAGACAACAAUUAUAAACAGUAUGACGCAUUAUUGUCAUACAGUGGACUCAAUGGUGAAUGGGUGCGUGAUGAAUUGUUGAUACAUCUUGAAGAAGCAGGGUACAAACUUUGUCUACACGAACGUGACUUUAGAGCUGGGGAACCUAUCGUAGAUAAUAUAAAUAACGCCAUAGACAACAGUAAGAGGACGAUUAUUGUUCUUUCGAAUGAGUUUCUACAAAGUGGAUACGCAAUAUAUGAGUUUGUAAGAUCGCACGAUGAUUGGGUCAGAGGUGAACGAGAUCCUGUCAUCUUAGUGCUUUAUGACCCGUUGGAUAUUUUAGACGAAGAUGAGUUGGCAAAACAUGAAACUCUGAAGACGUACAUAUCUACAAGAACAUAUCUUGAGAGAAAUAAUAAAUACUUCUGGGAAAGCAUCAUGCUUGCAAUGCCCCGGCGACGAAGGCAACGAAAUAUAGACAACGAUGAUGACGAAAAUGAAAAUAUCAUGCUGCAAUAGUCAUCAUGUAGGAAAAAGUGAAUUGAACAAACUAGAUCCCGGAUGCAUGAUUCACAUGCGUAUAUCAAUCCUGUAUGAUUCAUACUAACAGGAUUCAUACAGAAAUCGCUGCUUAAAUAGUAUACAAAUGAAGCCUGGAACCAUGCAGAACUCACACGAACGACUACAGAUGAUUCCUAGAGACACGAUUAAAGCAGGAUUCAUAAAAACGAUUUACAAAUGAAUCCAGUGGAUAGGAACCAUGCAGGAUACAUACGAAACUCCGUUAGACAGGCCGGGCAGACAGGAUCCAUGCAGGUUGAUAAUUUACAAAUGAAUCUAGCCGUCGGCAAUCAAUCGUGCAGGAUUCAUAUCACAAAUAGUUUACAAAUGCAUGCAGGAUUCAUACUACAUCUCUUAUUAACUAGAAUAAAAUAUAUUGACAUUCGUAUAAUCUGCGUUUAAAGGUGCAACAAUUAGUGCAAAAGAUACGCAAUAUGAGUGAUGAUUUCAUUCGAGAUGUGUAUUAUUUAGGUUUACAUGUAGAAACAAUAUGCCACCUUUUUUAGGAUUGUAUGAUCCAGAACCCUGUACGAUAAAAAAAUGGCUUCCAUAAUGAUCCAAGUCAACGAUCAUCGACCAGUGUCAAAAUAUAUUUAAGUUUGGAUAUUUUGCAUAUGAUACGACGUCAGAUACUGUACAUCGCGGCAUUUUACUGCAUUUUUACAUGCGUACUUACUUUUAAAACCGCAAUAUCUCGAC